UGCUGCCGCCGCUGCUCCGGGGCCGGCAGGCAGUGAGGGCUGGGGGCCCCACCGACCCACCCACCCUCCGACCCACCCGAGGGAGCCGGGGCCGACAUGUGGCUGCGGCCCGAGGAGGUGCUGCUGAAGAACGCGCUGAAGCUCUGGGUGCUCGAGCGCUCCAACGCCUUCUUCGUGCUGCAGCGGCGCCGCGGACAUGGCGAGCAGGGCGCAGGGAGGGGCAUCGCCGGCCUCCUGGUGGGGACGCUGGACGCUGUCCUGGACUCCACAUCCAAAGUGGCCCCUUUCCGCAUCCUGCACCAGACGCCCGAUUCCCAAGUCUACUGGACCAUCGCAUGCGGAGCCAGCAGAGAAGAAAUAACGGAGCACUGGGACUGGCUGGAGAACAACGUCAUGAAGACCCUCUCCGUGUUUGACUCCAACGAGGACAUCACCAGUUUUGUGCAGGGCAAGAUCAGGGGCUUGAUCGCCGAGGAAGGUAAAGGAUCUCUAAUAAAAGAGGAUGAUCCAGAGAAGUUCCGCGAGGCACAUAUGAAGUUUGAGAAGUGUUUUGGACUGGCCGAGCAGGAGAAGCUGGUGACGUACUACUCAUGUAGCUACUGGAGAGGCCGGGUGCCCUGCCAGGGCUGGCUGUACCUGAGCACCAACUUCCUUAGCUUUUAUUCCUUUCUGCUGGGAGCUGAAAUAAAACUUGUAAUAUCCUGGGAUGAAAUCUCGAAACUUGAAAAGACGUCCAACGUCCUCCUGACGGAGAGCAUUCACGUCUGCUCCCGUGGGGAGGGUCACUACUUCUCCAUGUUUCUGCACAUCAGUGAAACAUUCCUUCUGAUGGAGCAACUGGCGCUCUAUGCCGUUCAGAGACUCUUCGACAAAGAGGCCUUUGAAAGUGACCCCGUCCUCCACGACCCCUUGCAAAUCACCAAGAGGGGCCUCGAGAGCCGAGCCCACAGUGAGCAGUUCAACGCCUUCUUCCGGCUGCCCAAGGAGGAGUCGCUGUGCGAGGUGCACGAGUGCUUCCUCUGGGUGCCGUUCAGCCACUACAGCACUCUGGGGAAGAUGUGCAUUUCGGAGAACUACGUCUGCUUCGCCAGCCAGGACGGCUCCUUGUGCUGCGUCAUCAUCCCUCUGAGGGAGGUUAUAGCUGUGGAGGUGGCCGACCCGGCCAGCCGAGCGCUCAGCAUCGCCACCCGAGGGAAGAGAGCCUUCCGCUUCUCCGAAGUCCGGGAUGUUGAGCAGCUGGUGCCGAAGCUCCGGAGCAAGUGCGACGCCACGGCAAGCCUUCAGCGCCCUGCCGGCACGGAGGCGGCGGCGGCUGGCCCAAGCCCCGACCCGCUGCUGGAGGACUACGAGGGGCAGCCGAUGGCUAGCCACAAAGGCAGCAGCAAGACGGUCAGCACGGAAGCCCUCAUGACGGUCUUUCACCCUCAGGAUGCGGAGAACCUGGAUGCCAAAAUGCUGAAAGAAAAAAUGAAAGAGCAGUCCUGGAACAUCCUUUUCAUCGAAUGCGGCCGUGGCGUUAGCAUGUUCCGGACGAGGAAGACGCGGGACCUGAUAGUCAGGGGCAUCCCCGAACUGCUGAGAGGAGAGCUCUGGCUUCUGUUCUCAGGCGCAGUGAACGACAUGGCGACCAACCCGGGCUACUACACCGCGCUGGUGGAGACGUCCCUGGGGACGAGCACUCUGGCGACGGACGAAAUCGAGCGGGACCUGCGGCGCUCGCUGCCUGAGCACCCGGCGUUCCAGAGCGACACGGGCAUUUCUGCCCUCCGGAGGGUCCUGACCGCCUACGCCUACAGGAACCCCAAGAUCGGCUAUUGCCAGGCAAUGAACAUCCUGACCUCCGUGUUGCUGCUCUACGCCAAAGAGGAGGAGGCCUUCUGGCUCUUGGUCGCUGUGUGCGAAAGGAUGCUGCCCGAUUAUUUCAACCGUCGAAUCAUUGGUGCCUUGGUGGACCAGGCCGUCUUUGAGGAUCUCAUCCGGGAGCACCUGCCCCAGCUGACGGAGCACAUGACCGACAUGACCUUCUUCUCCUCGGUCUCCCUCUCCUGGUUCCUCACCCUCUUCAUCAGCGUGCUCCCCAUUGAGAGCGCCGUCAGCGUGGUGGACUGCUUCUUCCACGACGGCAUCAAGGCCAUCCUGCAGCUGGGCUUGGCUGUGCUGGACUACAACAUGGACCGGCUGCUCGCCUGCAAGGACGAUGCAGAAGCCGUCACGGUCCUCAGCAGGUUCUUCGACAGCGUCACCAACAAGGACAGCCCCCUGCCUCCAAUGGUGCAGCAGGCGUCCGGGGUGAACGAGCCCAAGAGCCCGCACCGCAGGGUGGACAUCACCGACCUGAUUCGAGAGUCCAACGAGAAAUACGGCGACAUCCGGUUCGAGGAAGUGGAGUGCAUGCGCCGGCGGAACCGGCUGCACGUCAUCCAGACCCUGGAAGUCACCACGAAGCAAAACGUGCUGCGCGUCGUCUCCCAGGACGUGAAAAUCAGUCCCAGCAACCUGGAAGAGCUCUAUGAAUUAUUCAAGAAGGAGCACUUCCUCUCCUGCUACUGGGGGGUCGGCAGCCCGGCCCUGAAACACCACGACCCCAGCUUGCCCUACCUGGACCAGUACCGCAUCGACUGCCAGCAGUUCCGCCUGCUCCACCACCUGCUGAGCCCGUGGGCCCGCUGCGCUCACAGGGACUCUCUGGCGCUCUGGACCUUCCGGCUGCUGGACGAGAAUUCUGACGGCCUGAUCAACUUCAAAGAAUUCGCCGGGGCUCUCGAUGUUAUGUACCACGGAAGUUUUACCCACAAGCUGAAGCUGCUUUUCAAACUGCACAUCCCUCCGGCGUUCACCGAAGUGGAAUCCCUCAGCCCUUCCAAAGGUGCUCAGCUGUCUAAAGAAGAGCUGAUCCACUUUAGCCAAUUAAAUGUUACUUCUCCUGAGGACAGUGAUGAUGCUGAUGGUUUGAAGACAAGUCCAGGAAAAGGGAAAGGGAAGGUUGAUAUUCAGGCCUAUUUGAAGCAGUGGCAGGAAGAACUGCUGAAAAAAGAAGAAAGCAUCAAGGAUUUGCCCCGGAUGGACCAGUCGCAAUUCAUCCAGUUUUCAAAGACUUUGUACAACUUGUUCCACGAGGACCCGGAAGAGGAGUUGCUGUACCGCGCCAUCGCCACGGUGACCGGCCUCUUGCUGAGGAUGGAGGAGGUCGGCCGCAAGCUGCAGAGCCCGGCUUCGCCCACCAAAGCCGUGGCACCUCCCGCAGCUCCGUGCGCCGCAGGAGUCAGCCUCGAGGCCCCGGGCCCUCCACCGGCCCCGCAGCCUGCCGGUGCGGGAGCCCGGAGCCCCGGCCCUGCCGGCAGCGAGUGGUCGUUCGCUUUCGAGCAGAUUCUGGCCUCUUUACUAAACGAACCUGCUUUGGUGAGGUUUUUUGAGAAACCGGUGGAUGUCAAAGCCACGUUAGAAAACGCGAAAGCUUCUCAGUUGAAAGCGAGAGCCCGGGUAUAGCCCCUCUCCGGGGCAUUCCUCUCCCCCUCUUCGCUCUGUACGUAGGUGCUCAGAACUUAGGGCCUCGUUGUAAGCUUUGUGUACUGAGUUUCUGUUGGGAGGGUCUGGCUCCAUGCCCCUGUACGCUGGACUGUUUAUGUUUUUUGUGGAGUUAAAGAAGUAUAGCUUGAAGCACAAUUGCACCUCAUCUUUGCAUUUUAGUACACUUGAUAACGCUCACCAGCCGACCCGUGUCGACUUGCAGGGAAGCGCUAAUCCAGCCGCUCGGAGGCCCGGGUCAGGAACGUUCCGGGCUGUUGCUUUCCCAAGCCCCCAGUUCUGUGUUUCUCACGCUGAAUGUAAUGUCUGCCACGUUCCCCCCAAAAGUGGCGCUGGUGUUUACUUGUUGUCUUGUGCGGUUGGUUGCAUUUCCAAAGAAACACUUAAACGUUGAAUGUAGGCUUGCUUCAUGCGUUGGGGACGGUCUCUGAGGUGGUCACUUGAGCCUCGUCGUUACGGGACGCUCCUCUGCUGUCUCUAUGAGCAGAACCAAGCGCUGCCCCUAACGGCUUUUUCAUUGGGGCUCCCAGGGAUGAGGCAGGGCAAGUUCCAGGUUCAGGCGUGAGGCCCUGUCGCUUCCCCGCUGGCCCGAUUUCUGGCCCUGGAGCCUCCUCAAAGGUUGCCCGGGGUUAGAACGGUGCCAUCUGGCCUCUUUCUCCCGAGCAGUCGCGUCGCACAGCCUCCUUGCUUUCCUUCACCUGCUGCCCUCAUUUGGCCCACUUUGCACGUUGCCUCAGCGGCGUUGAAGCCAUGUUGCAGUGCCUUCCUUCCCAAAUCCAUGCUGGCUAAGCGUGGGCAGGGAAGGGUUACGUGGUUCUUCCCCGUGUGGACAUCUUUUAGGGAUGCUCACCAUGGAAUGGGAAGGAGCCCAACCAUUCAUUCACCUCACCACCACCUGGCCUCCUCUCAGCAGACGUUGCUUUAGAUAACGGACUUCUUCUUUUGAGGUAGAAACCGGCCUCGCACCUGGGGGUUGCCUAACGCGAGAGUUUGGUGCCCAGGUGAUUGCCAUCAAAGCUGAACGCUGCUACGUAGGGCUGCCUCUGCUGGCACCCACGGGGCCCUUUCGUGGCGAGAGCGUGAGUCUGCGUCUAGGGCUUUAGCUCAAUGACCCCCGAAGAGCUCUGUGGAACCGACCUGCUUGCUCUUGAUCGCUCUCACUUCGUUGACAUCGCUGAUAAAAUGUUUAUAGGAAGCACUAAAACAAUUCCCUUUGCUUUGCCCUUUUCUGCCCAAAACGACUUUAGAUAUUAUUGCAGGGUUUCCCCAGACAAACUGUCUUAGCUGAGUUGUUUUACUUUAAAAGGUUAUUCCAGUUUAAUGAUGGCGGGAAAGUUGCUUAUGGUAAAAGAGGAAGUACAGAUUUAACUCAAAACUAGUCUGUAGUUGCACACGAACAGGUGAGCUUUGCGCACUCAGGGAACUUGCUGAAUCCAGCCUUUUCCAUGUGGUUGAAAUGGUUCAGGUGUGCAAACAAGGCCUUUGCUCGUCUAUGUUAUGCUCACCGAAAGAGAUCCAUUUGCCAAUUACAUGGAAAUGAUGUACUGGAGUCUUGUAGGAACAAUCUUUGAUAUGCAAAAUCCCCAGCGUACGUCUACAAUGCCUGGCUGAUGCAUGCUUCAGAUUUUGGCCAUCGUUGACAGAGUCACUGGACUGAUGGGGUUUCUUGUGAUGCUUUUGUCUAGUUAGGUGUGUUUUUUCCAAGCAUUGGAAACGUGCAAACUUCACGCAGAGCCUUGUUCCCUAGCAAAACGGUCUGUGAUGAUGUGUGCAAAACACAUGUUUGCAUUUUGAUUAAAACAAGGAGAAAGGAAAUGUUUGCAAUUCAGUUAAGCCUGUGAAGGAGAAAGCUUAACAGCUGGUUGCAGGUUAGCAAGACAGAAGGGGGGGGGGAAGCCCACAAUGACUGUGACCCCCUUUGCUAGUUUUUGACCAGUAUAUCUGCAUCCUGCACAAGGUUUAAUCUUAACUUGGUGGAUUGUUCUUCGACCAUAUUGCAAAACUGGGGUAUUCAUGCUAUAAAGUCCUAAAUUCUAUGCAAAUAAAGUAGUAGUCGAAGGCUGAUGAACUUGACCCACUCCUGUUUUCCUCUCUUGCCCAGGGAAGUGGGCAUUUUAGAGUUACAGCUGACACACCAUGUCAAUGUAGCACUUGAACGCAGCUUUGAAAUGAAUGAAUUCAUGUUCUGGGGCCGUGUGUGUCAUUGCGUCGCCUCUUUUCCCCGUCUUCUUGGAUGGGCUGCGGUUCCCCCGUCUUCAGGGAUGAGGACAGAAAGAUCCUUCGCCUUAAUCCCCCUCUGAACUUAUUUUUCCAAGCGGCUUCUCAAUUCAAGGCAGAUUAAGCCGUGCAGCCUGAGCCCGCGCUCUUAAAAAAGGCUCCUCUUUUGAGUCCCGCCUGUUCCAGGGAUGUUGUGCGUGAGGGGCCUUUUGCAAACGGUGUUGAUUUACCCAAGUCAGCUGUUGUUUUUCUUGUCUGCCUUAAACAAAGCUUUCGGUCCAGAUGCUCCAGGAGCCCGUUGGAGGCCUGGCCUGGGCCUGAUGUGUCAACUCACCCCCGUUGCUUUCCAGUUGCCCUCGCUCGCAAGAGGCUUUACAUCAGGGCUGGGGAGCAUUUCCACACACGCCAUGGAUCUGCACCGCUUCAGAGUACAGGCGGGGGGUACGUUUUUUUAACACUUCCCUGACCUGCUCCCUGUGCCUUUGACACAGCCGGUGGGGCGGGGAGUCCUCACCUUGCUCCUUCUCAGUUCUAAGUGCAAGGAGUGUUUGUUUCUUUUAAAAUGAGGCUCCCUCCCCCCUGGUCUUCUGAAGUGGUCGUGCGCCGUUCUGCCUCCACAUUCGGUCGCAUUUUGCCCCCAGCCUCCCAGAGUUUUUUUUCUUUCUCCGUAAGACCUCUGCUCCCUCAUUUUGGUCUGAGGAUGCCCCAAAUGUCUUGGCUUAAAAGUGCAUUGAAUGGCAUGGAUGUGGUCUUUUUCUCCCUCCACGCCAGCAUAUGGAAAGAGCAAGCUAGCUCACCGUGGGCUGGCAGGACAAAGUCAGGCGUGGGAAACCGUGGCCCUCCGGGGGGAAAGUCUCUCCCCCCCCCCGCCCCGCCCCGCCCUGCGUGUGUGUUUUUAAACUUGUUCUUGAGAUCAAACGCUUGCAAAUGCCUUGGCCUGAGUUUUGAGGAAUGUUUGUUACCCAUGGCUGUGUCUUGCGUGGUGGGGAGCCGGUGGCUUUUGUGGCUUGCUUGUGGGCCACGCGUGGUUUUGCUCUUUCUAGCUGUGUUUUCCACAGUUCAAGGCAUCUCUCAGAGGAGGUUGCUCCAGCGCUGCUGAGCCUCCCCACCAGGGCGUGUCAUGACCCGGGCAUCGUCACCUCCGCGCACCCUUGAUGCGUUUUUCUGUUCUUUGCAGCUGAACCCUUGUAGCCCAGGGGCAGAGAAACAGAGCAAUUCAGAUUUACAUCCGCUGUGGAAAAGAAUAAAGUACAUGAAUCAUCGUGUGGGGUUUAACGUACAGAGGAUUGGAUUAUUAGCUAUCGGUCACUGUUCAAAGUGGGUUACUGGACAUAAAACUGUCCAAUGGAAGAAUCUUUGCAGAGAUUGAAGGCACUCUAGUAAAAUCUGGAAAAGUUAUUGCGAACAAAUAUUCAGCAAGCCCUGAGCUAGAUGCCUCGGCCAGCUUUUUCCUAACAUGAGAUAAAUUUUCUCCCCCUAAUUAUGGCCACGAUGUGAACAGUAAGCUUGAAAGAUCACAUUUGCGGUUGUGCAAAACCUCAGAACCUUUUGAAUAGGGUCGGACUCCACAGGGAUUUUACCGUGGGUGGGGGUGGGUGGAAGGGAAGGGUCAGGGGGCCCCUCCUGUGGUCAUAGGGCCAAAUUUUUCAUUUCUAACAGAUUGCAGCGAUUGCUACUUGCUCCCGAGUAGAGCCUUGCUAAUGCCUCAUAAGUUUUGGGUUUUAUAAUACAGUUUGCCAACAGAGCAACUGUAAUAUUACUUAGGGAACACAAACUGAAAAGAUUUAUUUAACUGCCCUCUUUAAAGCUCCUUAUCUGGUUGUCUUAUAAACUAUUUCUAAACAAAUCGUAACGUUAUCUUAUAAAAAUAUAUAUGUAUAUAAUUGUUGUUUGUCUUUAGAGAAAAUUUCAUAAAUAAGAUUAUUAUGGUACAUUUCCCGGAGGAACCGGAUUAUUUUCUUGUUUUUGCUACCGAGAAAGUAAAAGAUAUUUAUGUGCUGGCA